GAGAGAACCAAAACAAUCCAUAAACCAAGUCGCUACGUGCCGUAACUCGUUGCGCGCGCGUCAAAGUGCUUCUUGUUACGAUUUGUUGUGGUGCUUCACGAAGAAUCGUUGCAAUUGUUUCUCGCUCAUGGGAAGACGGUUAUCGCCUACCUCUGCAACGGAAAAUAUGGUCACCGACGGCAAAAUGUAACACUAACGUCCGCGGUUUGCGACCGUCUCACUCCAAAGUGCGAUCUCCGACAAAUAUUUCCUACCAGCGACAGUGCGCGCUCUCCCACAGAGAAAUGUCGGAGGCUCGCUUCUGCAUCGAGUACGCCAAGCGGGGAACUGCGGGGUGCAAGAAGUGCAAGCAGAAGAUCGAAAAGGAGGUGCUGCGCAUCGGCAAGAUAGUGCCGAAUCCGUUCACCGACAGCGGCGGAGAGAUGAAGCAGUGGUUUCACGUCGACUGCAUCUUCGAGCAGCUCUCGCGGGCUCGUGCGACCACGAAGAAGAUCGAGGAUGCCGGCGACCUUGAGGGAUGGAGCGAGAUCGGCCAGGAGGACCGAAAGGUAGUCCUCAAGCAUAUCGACGAGCUGUCGGAGAAGUUCGGCGCUGGAAGCCCCGGCAAGCGAAAGGGGAACAACGCCGGCGGCGGAGGAACUCCUGCCAAGAAGCAGAAACUGCAGACGACCCUGACUCCUCAGGGGUCGGACGAUACCGAGGAAAAGCUCGAUCUGGAGGAGCUGGAAGCGUCGCCGCUGACGAAGAAGUCAAGUAAGGACGACGCCUUCAAGGAGUUCCGCAAGCUGUGCGCCGCCAUCGCGGAAGAAUCGACCUACACGGGCAAGACGGCGAUCGUGGCGAAGUUUUUCAAAGGAGGCAGCACGCGCAAGGGUUUCACGGGCGACCUCUGCCUCUGGGUCAAGUUCCUCUUGCCCAUGGUCAACAAGCGCGUCUACAACCUGCAAAGCAAGCAGCUCGUCAAGGUGUUCAGCCGAAUCUUCGGCAAUGGCUGCCACGAGGAGAUGAUCGAGGACCUGGAACAGGGAGACGUGGCGCGUACCGUCGGCGCGUUCUUCGAGAAGUACGGCUCCCCGGCCGACAAGAGCACGCUGACGAUGCAAGACGUUGACGCCUACCUGGAGCGCCUGUCACGGCUCACCCGCGAAGACGAUCAGGUGCAGCUCCUGAGGCACCUGAGCGCUCGCUGCACUGCGAACGACUUGGUCAUGGUCGUCAGGCUCAUCAAGCACGACAUCCGCAUAAACUCGGGGCCCAAGCACAUCCUCGAGGCGCUGCACCCGGACGCAUACCAGGCGUUCCAGGCCUCUCGGAACCUGGAGGACGUCGUGAGGACCUCGAAGGAAGGCAACGUCAGUGUCUCGGCGAGCCUGAUGACGCCGAUGAUACCGAUGCUGGCGGAGCCCUGCGGCUCCGUGGACGACGCCUUCGCCAAGUGCCCGAACGGCUUGUACGCGGAAAUCAAGUACGACGGCGAACGGGUCCAGUUACACAAGAAGGGCUCGGAGUUCUUGUUCUUCAGCAGAAGUCUGAAGCCGGUGUCGGCACACAAGGUCCAACAUCUUAAGGACUUCAUUCCAAAGGCUUUUAAGCACGGCCAUGACCUGGUCCUUGACAGCGAAAUUCUUAUGGUAGACACACACACGCAGAAGCCACUGCCCUUUGGAACACUAGGAAUCCACAAGCGGGCAGCCUUCAAAGAUGCAUCUGUGUGUCUUUUCGUCUUUGAUUGUCUUCACUACAAUGGCAAAAGCCUACUGGACCGGACUCUGCGUGAGCGCAGAGAAAUCCUACAGGCCAACAUGACCCCCAUCAAGAAUCACGUCGUGUUCAGCGAGCAGCAUGUGAUCACAACACAUGAGAAGUUGCGGAACCUCAUCAAUGAUGUCCUGUCUCAGGGCCUGGAAGGGCUUGUGCUCAAAAAUCCUGAUGGCAUUUAUGAACCAGGAAAGCGCCAUUGGCUCAAGGUUAAGAAGGACUAUCUUAAGGGUGGUAGCAUGGCGGACUCAGCUGACCUCGCGGUGCUCGGAGCAUACUUCGGCACUGGAAGCAAUGGUGGCAUCAUGUCCAUCUUCCUAAUGGGCUGCUGGAAUCCGGCGACCGGUCGCUGGUGUACCGUCACCAAAGUACACGGCGGCCACGAUGACAAGACGCUGGAGCGGCUCCAGACAGAGCUUGAAAUGAAGAAAAUAUCGCGGCAGAUGGAGCGGGUGCCAGCGUGGCUUGAUGUCGAGAAGGUCCUGGUGCCGGAUUUUGUCGCUAAGGACCCGGACAGCACUCAGGUUUGGGAGAUUGCCGGCGCCGAGUUCACUCGGGCCGAGGUGCACACCGCAGAUGGCAUCUCCAUCCGCUUCCCCCGAGUCACGCGGAUCCGGACGGACAAGACGCCGAAGGAGGCGACGACACUGCCCGAGCUGCGCAAGAUGUUUCAGAACUCCAGGGCAAAGCCGUUUGACCUGGGCCUUGGCGAGGACGAAGAUGACGGCGGUGUUGCAAAUGCUUCGUUUAGCUCAACAGAUAAGUCUUCCUCGCCAGAGAAAUCCAGUUCCCCAAGAAAAAACAAUUCUUCAAGAAAGUCUGAUUCUCCAAAACAGACCCCCUUGUCGGUUUCAAAACAACAGCCUUCGCCCGCCAGGAAGCGUCAAGCAGAAAGAGCACCGAAAAACGACACCAAAUCGGAGGCGUCUACAGGAACGAAGAAGAAGCUUUGUGACUUUCCCGACGUCUUCACGGGUGUUAGAAUGUGUCUUCCUCAGAGUAGGCUGUUGAGGAGGUACUUCGUUGCCUACGAUGGCACGCUUGCGAAGAGUGAAACUGACAGUGUGACCCACAUGUUGUCGUCACCGAAUGUGGGUACUAAACAAUGUGCACGUUCAGUGAAGAUCGUUACCGUAGAUUGGCUUUGGGACAGCAUAAAACAUCAAAAACGUCAGGAUGAAGCGAGGUACUCUGCAUGAACGCAGUUCUUGUUUUUGAGCCUCUAGCUUCUACUGUUGGAGCUGUGCUCGACAUGUGCAGAGUCUAACUUUGAAGUUCACAAAACUUGCGGUGCUGGACUUUCUGCAUUCUACUAUAUCCUUUAUGAAUGCGGCAGUGGCCUUCAAAGAAGCCUCGCUUAGAAUUUGUACAUUUACAGUGCUGCUGUGUUUGUGCACCAAUGUACUUACGCAGUUUUUUUUGUAUAACUGCUUUUGGAGUCAUUCUUGCAUUCUUCUGAAUAUCCUUAUUGAUGUCAAGGCGUGUUGUUUUCACUGCUGCCUCUAUCUCAGGAAGCAACAGCUAUAAAGGGCCUAUAAGCCUUCCUUUAUGCUGGGGUUGAAGCUGGAGCAAGCUUUAUUAUUAUUAU